AUGGAAACCUCGCUAAAAUCAGUCAUUCAAUCUCUUGUCGGGUGGGUUUUGCUUCUUGGUCUUAUCAGAGGGGCAGCUUGUCAGUCUGACUGGCUUAAUCCACACAAUACUGCUCGAUCAGAAGUUGGAGUGCAGAACCUUACAUGGAGUUCGACUGUAGCGUCUUUCGCUUCCCAGUGGGCCAACGAUCUAGCGUCUCAAGGUGGUGCCUUGCAACAUCGCUCGAAAAACCCUUAUGGAGAAAACAUCUACUGGGCCAGUUGGAGAACCAACGCAAGCGAUGCUGUCAAAUCAUGGGUCAGUGAGAAGGAUUACUACAGUUAUUUGAGCAAUACCUGUGAAGAUGGUCAGCAGUGCGGUCACUACACUCAGGUCCUGUGGAACAAUACUCUCGAAUUGGGUUGCGCAAGUGCUCCAUGCCCUGAUGGCGGCACCAUUUCCGUCUGCAACUACAAUCCUCCCGGCAACUACGUUUCAGAGAGACCUUUCUGA